UUAAUCAACGCUGACGUCCGCCUCUUUGCCUUCUUGUACACCUGAUUCCUAAUCACUCUUUGCCGUCUGGUGCCAGUCUAUAGAGGGGCGUCGACUUGCAUUUCUUCCUGUAUUGUGCAGAGCUCGCUUCGGUCUUUGAUCCUAGGAACUCGGGAUUAUCGUUACCAUUCGUUGCCUAUCGACCUUACGCCCUCGGUUAAUUUGUGCGUCUCGUUUUCGUCGAAGCCUCAUAAUCCUUUAAUACACCAAGGCUAUUCCGAGUUGCUGAUUCACCAGCAACCCCUUAUCUUCGUCUAUUGCACAUAUAUUGCUGUACACUUCAUCAUCUACAAUCACGAGUAUGGACGCUGGCGGUCUUGCUCAAAUGAGCUACAACUCGUCUUUCAAUAAUGGCGGUUCCCUGGGGGUCCCCGGGGCCAGCUUCGGCUCACGGCGGAAGGGUUCCCAUAUCAAGCGACUGAGCGUGCCUCCGCCGCACAUCGCGACUAUCGAUGAAUCUCAGCCCUCUGCACCGGUCCCGACCCCACGCACCAGCCGUUCUCAUCUUCUGGCGGGACUGAGGACCGCACCCAAGUCCGCGACUGUGCCGUCCGCAGUUCAGCGCCAGCAGCACCUGGGCUACGAAGGAGAUCGGUAUGGCAGCCAAUCGAACCGAUCUACGGAGCGUGUCCCCCAAACCGCUAUGGGAACCGGUUUCCCACGCCACGCGUUGGCCACGAACCAGAAUGUGGACAUGAACACGGGUCGUCCUAUGUACACUUUGCCGGAGCAGGUGCUCGCACCUCCGGCUAUUGACAUCGCUGGCGAUAUGCCAAUGGACGAUAACCUGUAUGCGGAAUUAAUGUCGACCAACUUGUUCCUGGCAGCCCAGCAACAGCGCCUGCAGCAGCAACUGAUUAGUGUCACUGCCGCCGCCCAGCAGUUCCAGGGCAUGAGCUUGGGUGGACCCAUGGCUCAGCAGCAACAGGAGUACCCUCAGCUUUCGGUUCCCAGCAUGAGCUUCUAUCAGCAACAGCUGCAACAGGGUGUCCAGCCGGUUGUGCAGCCGGUGCCCGGCCAGCCUGGACUUUUCUCGGUUUACAAUCCCUUGACCGGUCAGCAAAACUUUAUCUAUGACAAUACCUAUCAGCAGGAAAGCUCCACUUCUCCCUACCAGGAGGAAGAGCCUCUGUUCCCAUCCGCCACGCAGGUGCCUACCUUCAGAGCCGAGGUCUCUCCACCCGAGUCUCACCAGUCGCCCGUCAGCGUCGGUCAGCCAGUGUCUCCUCCGCGCUCGAGCCCCUCCCCGCCGCAGGAGGUCACCCCUCUGCCACCUCCGUCAAUCAAUGCUUUCCGUCGGGGCCACAAGAAGAGCUCGUCUUUCAGCCCUGCGCUGAAGCUGCCCAUUGACACCAUCAAAGCCAACAGCCAGAUGGUGGCUCCUGCUCCCAAGACCGCUGCCUUGCCUCAAACCCCGGCGACGGGAACCUUCGGCCCUGGCCAAGCUCGUGCCGGCGAGCACCCUACUCGUCAACCCCGUGGUCCUCCUUCUCUGGAAGAGCUGGUCGCCAAACCCACCUCCAAGUUCGAAGGCAGCAAGAACUUCGCCACCCGUCAGCGACGCCGGGCCGUCCACAAUUUGGUGCGUGCCGGCAUCGAACGACGCGGUGAUACCCGGAGCUUCGGUUGCCACAGCAGUGGUGGUACCAACACCCCCGCAAGUGAGAAGGAGUUCACUUUUUCGGAUGGAGAUGAUGCCACUGUGCGUAGUGGUAGUCUCUCCAGCAAGCCUAGUCUGGGUAGUCUCCGCGCAGCUGCCAAUGGCGCCAUCGGUUCCGAGAGGAAGGAAAGAUCUUCUCGCGAGCGCCGAUCGCAAGAUAGCCCGUACAACACGACCCCUAUCAGCGAGGACGGCGGGUUCUUCGGAGGAAAAUUUGCGGAGGUUCGAGCGGAUCAGGGCUCUCCUCGAGCGGGAUCCCCAUCGGUUGCUGCUGUCGUUGCUGGCCAGAAGACGGUAGCUCAGGGUCAGGAACGGCGCAAGACUCCGAUGCUUGUGCUGUCCAGCGCUGAGAAGCGUAAGACCCCCACCAUCAUGUAAUGUGAACGCCGUACAUAAUGUGAUUUUGACAUGCGCCACGGGAUGUGCCAAGCUUGGAUGAUUUGCUUAUUUUUUUUUUUUCCUCUCUGGGGUGUUUUGAAGCAUGUUGACUCUAUUAUUUUCCUGGUUCCGAAGACAAGAUGCUUAAUUUCUGUGAUGUCAAAUCCUGACAGAAAUGGUCCUGAGCGAUCUUUCUGUCUAUGU